UAAAAACGGGGCCCGGAAAAGCCUGUUUAGGCUACCCCGUUUAAGCGAGGAAAUGUUUAUAUUUACAUUUUCUUUUCUUUUAUUUCUUUUUAUUUUCUUUAUUUCCUCUUCUUAUUCCUCAUCUCCCCGAACCCAAGCCAUCCCCGCAACUCUUCUCCUUCUUCCCUACCCUAACCGUGGCGGUUCUUCUCUGCUUCGCGAUUUAAGCCGCGCCCGACUCCACUUCCUCUUCUCGGUUUCCUCCUCUCCUCUUACAUCUUCUCCUCUGCCGACGCCGAGCAUCAGCCACAAGAACUCCGGCGGUUUCGCUCUUUGCCCUAGCCGACCCCUUCAUUUGCCGGCGAUCUUCCCUGAGCCGAGCAUCACGCCGGCAGCCGACCUAUUGCCUUUCCCCUGGAGUCCCAGCGCCGACCACCACAGUGCCGCGGCCCUUUUCUCUCUUCCCAUCUUCGUCAGUGUGUCUCUGUUUGAUAGUGCCGAAGACAAUACCGAGCUGUGUUUUAGCCGGAUCUUGGAGGGUACUAGAAUUCCAGAAGAGGAUAAAUUGCUGUGGGGUUUUUCUUGGAUCCGGCAAUCACUGCUUCCAGCAAAAUUCUUUGAUUUCCAACAGCAAGAACGGCUGUGGAAAUUGAGGUAAGAUGUAGUGCAGUGGUUUCUUUUGUUGUAGCAUGCAUUGAAUUGAAGGAAAGGUUAAGAAAUGGAAUUUGAUUCGAAUUUAUUAUGUUAGGUCGGAUGUAUAUAUAUAUAUAUAGAGACCUUGAUCAAAUUGUAUAGUGGAACGAAUUAGGGUUUAGGAAGCUAACCCUAGUUGGUUAAGGUUUAUGGAUUAAGGUUUUACCCUAAUUUAG